AUGGCUCCCAAGGUCGGUAUCAACGGCUUCGGUCGUAUUGGACGUAUUGUCUUCCGCAACGCCAUCAACUCUGGUGACGUCGAGGUUGUUGCCGUCAACGACCCCUUCAUUGAGACCCACUAUGCUGCCUACAUGCUCAAGUACGACAGCACCCACGGCAAGUUCAACGGUACCAUCGAGACCUACGAGCAGGGCCUCGUUGUCAACGGCAAGAAGAUCCGCUUCUUCGCUGAGCGUGACCCCGCUGCCAUCCCCUGGGGUCAGGAGGGUGCCGACUACGUUGUCGAGUCCACCGGUGUCUUCACCACCCAGGAGAAGGCCUCUGCUCACUUGAAGGGUGGUGCCAAGAAGGUCAUCAUCUCUGCUCCCUCUGCCGAUGCCCCCAUGUUCGUCAUGGGUGUCAACAACACCGAGUACAAGAAGGACAUCAACGUUCUCUCCAACGCUUCUUGCACCACCAACUGCCUUGCUCCCCUCGCCAAGGUCAUCAACGACAAGUUCGGUAUCGUUGAGGGUCUCAUGACCACCGUCCACUCCUACACCGCCACCCAGAAGGUUGUCGAUGCCCCCUCCAGCAAGGACUGGAGAGGUGGCCGUACCGCUGCCCAGAACAUCAUCCCCUCCUCCACUGGUGCUGCUAAGGCUGUCGGCAAGGUCAUUCCUUCCCUCAACGGCAAGCUCACCGGCAUGGCCAUGCGUGUCCCCACCGCCAACGUUUCCGUUGUCGACUUGACCUGCCGUCUCGAGAAGUCUGCCACCUACGACGAGAUCAAGCAGACCCUCAAGGCUGCCUCCGAGGGCGAGCUCAAGGGUGUUCUCGGCUACACCGAGGACGACAUUGUCUCCUCCGACCUGAACGGUGACAGCCACUCCUCCAUCUUCGAUGCCAAGGCAGGUAUCGCCCUCAACCCCAACUUCGUCAAGCUCGUCUCCUGGUACGACAACGAGUGGGGUUACUCCCGCCGUGUUGUUGACCUCAUUGCCUACAUCGCCAAGGUCGACAGCCAGUAG